AUGACGACAAAGACAAAGCAGCGAACCCGCGUCCCAGUCCGCACCCUCCCCUCCCACAUCCCCGCAGUCCCUCCCCUCGACGGCGAAGAAAACAUCAACGCCGCAAAGGAAGCAGCUUCCUUCCUCAACAUCUUCUCCUCCGCCAUCCGCGAGGGCGAUUGGGACGCCUUUGGGAACCUUUUUGCCGAAAAGUGCUUCUGGAGAGACCACUUGACUCUCACCUUUGACAAGCGAACGAUCCAUACACGGGACGAUGUCGUUGCAGCGUGGAAGACUCUCUCCAAAACACGGCGGCCCUUGGCCUUCUCGAGUGACAAGGACAAGGACAUGGAUAUGGACGCCGUAUGGGCGCGUCUGGGCCCCGUGUUCGCGACGCUAGACGUGCCGUUCAGUUUCCGUACCGAGGCGCCGGCGUCAAAGUGCAUCGGCCUCGCCAAACUCAUCCCCGGGCCGGAUGACAAAGGCUGGCAGAUCUGCGUCCUGACAACAGCCGUAGUCGAACUCGACGAGAAACCCUUUGGCACUCUCCCCCGAACAAGCCCAUCCCUAAUCGAGCCCUCUCAGCGCGGCAACCCCCACGCACAAGGUCUCCCCCGCCUCGACGGCAACGCAGUUCUGGACGCCGUCGUCGUAGGCGGAAGCUGCACCGGUAUCGCCAACGCAAUCCAGCUCGACGCCGCGGGCGCAAACGUAGCCGUCUUCGACGCCGAGCCUCAGGCGGGCGGGAACUGGUCGACGAAGCGGUACGAGAACGUCACGCUCCACCAUCCCGCUUUCAUGAUCCAGCUGCCGCGGUUCCCGGUGCCCGAGGGGUAUCCCAAAUACCUCAAGGGUACGGAUCUCACGCGGUACUUUUCGUCGGCGGUUGAGGAGCUCGGGUUGCCUUUCUUCGGCGGGGUUGCUGUGACGAAGAACACCUGGAGCGAAGAGGAGAAGGUCUGGACGGUGGAGGUCAGGGACGUGAAGACGGGGGAGGAGAUGACGCUCAAGGCGAAGAAUCUACUCCUUGCCAACGGCUUCCUCGUCGGCAACGAUAACCCCCGCGUCCCGAAGCUGAAAGGCACGGAACUCUUCACGGGACCGGUGCAGCAUACGUCAGAGUACCGCAACCCGGCAGACUACAAAGGCAAGCGCGUCCUCAUAGUCGGGGUAGGUAACUCGGCGCACGAUGUCGCAGGCAACCUCGCUUCAGACCCGGACGUCAAAAGCGUUACGAUCCUCCAGCGCAGCCCGACGGUGCUCCUCGACUUCGCGACGGUGGCGCCGAUCCUUAUGAUGCGGUACCAGGGCGACAUACCCGUCGACACGGCGGAUUUCCUGCAGGAGUCGCUGCCGGUCGGGAUGAUGCGGGACAUGGCGCGCGGGGCGAUCGGGAUGGCGAUCGCGGGGCGGAGGAUAGGAGUCUGGCGCUCGAGGGGCUGGGGCAGCUCGUUCUACGUUGACCAGCCGGGGACGUUUGAUCUCGUGUUUGGGGGGCGGAUUCAUAUUGCGAGGGGCGAUGCUGUUGGGUUCGUGGAGGAGGGUGUCGUGGUGAGGGAUAGGGAGACGGGGAACGAGAGGGUUGUUGAGGCGGAUGGGGUGGUGCUGGCGACUGGGUAUGAGGUUGUGGAUUUGCCUGCCAGGUGGAAGAGGAGUGGGUUCGUUGACGAAGAGACGGCGGGCAAGUUGGUGAAUGUGAGUGCUUUUGGGGUGGAUGAGGAGGGCGAGGUUCCUGGGCUUACAACGUUUUCUGGCCAUUCGAAUCUCUACUUUGCCGGCAUGGCCAUUUCUCAGUGCCGAACCAGCUCCAGAUACACGGCCGUUCAGGUGCUAGCUGAUAUCAUUGGACAAUUUCCGGAGAGAUAUAAUCGCAGCUACUUGAAGUGA